GGUCGAUAACAGUUGGCUGGAAAAUUUCCAUCGAAGAUCAGUUGCAGCUUACCAGCUGUGUAGAUAAGAAUUUAAAAAGCUGUUGGUGAAAUUAUCCGAGAGGUUAAAAGUAAAGACCUGAACAAAGGUCAUCCUGCAUACUUAUCAAAAAGAAGAUGCUGCACUCAAAUCUCUUAAGAUUGGUGGCCCGUGGGUCUUCAAGUAGAUUAAUGUCCACCGCCACCAAGUUGACCACCGUGGAGGUCAACGAUGAGACCGGAAUCGCCACCCUAACCAUGAACCGGCCUCCAGUGAAUAGCCAAAAUGUCCAAUUGUUGUUGGACCUGCAGGCUUCCAUCAGCGAAAUCGAGAACAACAAAAGCCGCGGUCUCAUUUUAACCUCUGCACACUCCAAUGUGUUUUCAGCUGGCCUGGACAUCUUCGAAAUGUAUAACACGGACGUGGAGCGACUCCGGACCGUGUGGACUGAAUUGCAAAAUGUGUGGAUUGCCCUCUAUGGAACCAGUUUGCCCACAGCAGCAGCCAUCAAUGGCCACGCCCCCGCUGGCGGUUGCCUUCUGGCCACUGCCUGCGAGUAUCGAGUGAUGCGGCCCAACUUCUUAAUUGGAUUAAACGAAGCCCAACUGGGGAUCAUUGCACCCAAGUGGCUGAUGUCCGGAUUCACUAAUGUGCUGCCCAAGCGGGUGGCGGAGCGAGCUCUCACCCAAGGUCGCAUGUUUACCACACAGGAGGCUUUUGAAGCUGGCCUGGUCGAUGAGAUCGCUAGCUCCAAGGAAGAGGCCGUGGAGAAGUGUGCUGCUUUCAUCGGCAGCUUUGCUAAGGUCAAUCCUUUGGCCCGUGGACUGACCAAGCUCCAAUUCCGUGCCGACAACAUUAAGGAGUUUGAGAAGAUACGCGAAAAAGAUGUUGCUGACUUUGCAGCUCUGGCCUCCAGUCCAGAAGUACAGAAGGUUAUGGGGACUUAUCUUGAAAACCUGAAGAACAAGGGCAAGAAGUAAUAAACCAGACAGAAAGUGGUUUUUAUUUUGCAAAACCUAACUUUGAAAUCCGUAUUGUUGAUCUUUCUACGUGCAUUUAAACUGAAACUAUUGAAAUUUCUAA